CACUCUCCGAGCGGCCGCCUCUCCGUGCGGAGCUCACAGCCGCCUGUCCGCAGAAGGAUAACUGCUCCUUUUUUCCGCUCUUCUCCUCCCAAACACGGCGGCAGCUGUUCUUGCUGUGUGCUGCAGGAAGCAGCAGCCCCUGCGCCGUGCACAGAGGCAAUACUGACGGGUACCGCGCUCCAGGUGUAACCUCAGCUCAGAAAGUGCUGCUGCAGAGCUGAUCCCCGGGGAAAGAAACACAGGACGCCAUAUUUGACUCCAUCAUCCAACUCCUCACAGCACGUAGCUGGGUGCCGUUAUCCUCCUCCUCCUCCUCCUCCUCUUCCUCCUCGCCCCUCAUUGUGUUCUGAUCCUCUUUAUUGUGGGAGUUGAGUCGCCGCCGCUGGGUUGCCCGCUCCCUACUUCCUUCUCCUCUCCCUCCCUGCCAUGUCCAACGACAGCGGCCUCCUCCACGUCUGGGAGGCCUCCAAUUGGGCAGACACCUCUCAGUGCCCGCCCUCGGUAGGCGGGGCAACAUUCCUCAUCGUGGCGUACAGCGCUGUCAUUGCCAUCGGGUUGCUAGGCAACGCAGGUCUGGUGUUCAUCAUCGCCCGGCAACAGGAGUUGCGCAACGUCACCAACAUCCUGAUCGCCAACCUGUCGUGCUCCGACAUCCUUAUGUGCAUCGUGUGCCUGCCCGUCACCGUCAUCUACACGCUGAUGGAUCGCUGGGUGCUGGGGGAGGCCCUGUGCAAGGUGACGCCCUUUGUUCAGUGUAUGUCCGUGACAGUGUCGGUCUUCUCCCUGGUGUUGAUCGCUUUGGAGCGUCAUCAGCUGAUCCUCCAUCCCACCGGCUGGUCCCCUGCCGCUGGACACUCCUAUCUGGCUGUGGGGCUGACAUGGCUGGUUGCCUGCUUCAUUUCACUGCCUUUCCUCUCCUUCAACAUCCUCACCAAUGACCCAUUCCAGAACAUCAGCCUCCCCGCCAACCCCUUCAGGGAUCAUUUGAUCUGUAUGGAGCUGUGGCCGUCAGACAAGCAUCGCCUCGCCUACACGACCUCGCUGCUUAUCUUCCAGUACUGCCUGCCCCUUCUGCUGGUGCUCCUCUGCUACCUCCGGAUCUUUCUACGCCUGAGACGUCGCAGGGACAUGCUGGAGCGCAGCAGGAGGACUCGAGGAGCCCAGAGGAUAAACGUAAUGCUGCUGGCCAUCGUCAUAGCCUUUGCUCUGUGCUGGCUGCCACUGAAUGUCUUCAACACUCUGUUUGAUUGGCACCACCAGGCCCUCCCAGACUGUCAGCACGACACAGUGUUCUCUGCCUGCCACCUGACAGCGAUGGCCUCUACCUGCAUUAACCCCAUCGUUUAUGGCUUCCUCAACAGCAACUUCCAGAGGGAGCUGAAGUUGACGCUGCAGCGCUGCCAGUGCGGCAACCGGGCUACAGAAAGCUACGAGAGCUUCCCUCUAUCCACCGUGGGCAGCGAGGGCAUGACCAAAGCAACGUCACUCAACAGGAUGGGCUCGAUGUGCGUCCCCUCACCUAGACCUGAGAUCGGUUCGGCAAUACUCGCCAAGACAUUACCAGCUGCCACCUAAAAUCAAGGACUAUGAGCACUGUCUUCUGACAGGUGGUUCAUCAGCGGUUCACAGCUGGAGGCAGUGUGCUAACAGCUGUCUGGGAUGACUGCGUAAGUCAAAUACUGCUUCAACUUGGCUUGGGUUCCAUCACUUCACUGCCAGAGAUAAACAGCUGAUUUGACCUGUCACCAAAUGUUUGGUGACAGGAAUGAAUGAAGAGGCUGAACGAUGCUGCUUUGAGUCCCGAACACGAGCAGGAAUCCUUGUUUAAAGUAACUCUGCCGAGUGACAGAAGAGAGAGGAGGCAGGAGAGCUGGUAGCAGAGACUUUUCAGUAAGACACGCCCCUUAGUUACUAUAACUAGGGCUAUUAGUUUUAGCUUUUCUCGAAUGUUGUUUGAAUGCUGCAACCAGCCAUUCUACAGCAUUCCAAAAUGGCAACAUUCUAACGACAUUCUAGUGUCAUAGACACAGUGGUGGGUUCUGUCGGUCACUCUGUUGGUUGGACGGUCUGUCCACAAACAGACUGACCGACAGAACAAACAGCUAACCAAAAGACCAUACAACCAACAGAGCAACCGAUGGACGGAGCAGCUGACCCACAGACCGUCCACCCAACAGACCGAAAAGCUGACCCACAGAUGGUCCAACCAACAGAUGGACUGACCAAUAGACCGACCAGCUGUUCAAAAGACCGUCCAACCAACAGACUGACUAGCUGACCAAAAGAUCGUCCAACCAAAGACUUUGGUGUUGAGAGAACUGAAUUCAGCUCACCUAACAGAGCAUCAGCAGCUGCAGCGCCAUAUGUUCUUGACAUUCUUCUACAGACAGAACCAGUGGCCCCUCCCACUCUGCAAUGAAGCAGGGGAUGUUGGUGGAACCAGGUUACACUGCUUUGAAGAUUCUUUGUGCAAAGAGCUCAGCAGGAGUUUUCAGCUGUAACUUUCUGUAUGCUAACACAAACUGUUACUGCUGCUGAAAAAUGUACUAAAAACUGAAGGAAGCUAACAAAAUCAAGUUUAAAAAUUGGUUCUAUUACCGAAGCCAAUGUGAGAUCUCUGGCUGUCUCUGCCAACAUUUACUGCCGAAAUUCUUUUGCAGUUCUUCAGUUUACUUUCAGACACAAGCAAAUUGUUUAGUGUUGCACACAGGUGUUGAUUUGAUGAAAUGAAAUGACGACUGUUACUGACAGUUGUAUAAAAUCGCCUAGUAAUCGGGUUAACAUUUGAGUCAGUUUUAAGUAGCUGAGUAAAAGCUGUAAAAGUUGGUAUUGUCUUAAAGAAUCAAACUUAAAACUAGUAGGUAAAGUGUCAGCAUCUUGAACAGCAUAGAAAUAAAACCAGAGCUCUGUCACAGUGUAGCAGCCAAGCAUAGCAUUGUUGCAGGCAGUUUUAAAGCAAUUAAAUUAGAUCUGUCCUGUUCUCUCUUAUUAUCUUUUUCAUUUUAAACAUCACCAAAAUUUCAAAUAUUGUGCUCAGAGUAUGUAGAGAUAAUCACUGAGAGUCCAAACCUCAGGCUGUGCACAGCUCUAAAUGUUCAGUUUAAUCUUUUUUUUUCUAUUCUUGGAACUGUAUUUGAUGCCACAGACAGAGAUGAUGUCCUUCAAUGGUCAUCUCAUUUCACCCACUUCUGCUAAAGGGGGGCAGAAAUUAAAUGAAAGUUGGUUUACAUUACAGGGGAUGAAGUGAAGGGCAGCGUCGAGGCCUAAUGUUUAAUUAAUAGUGGUUCGUUUGAGCUACACCGGCUCAAGAUUAAUAAUACAGAACUCAUAAUUAGCAUAAGAGGACCCUUUCAACACAGAAAUCAAUUUAAUCUCGUAGUAUAGACAUGCCUUGUAUUAUCGGUUUGGGGUUUAGUUGAGUUAAGUUAGGUUAGGUUCAGUUGAGUUGGGUUGAUGAGUUCGGUGAGGUGGGGUAGGGUUGGGUUAGGUUGAAUUGAUGAGUUGGGUUGGGUUGAAGUGAGUUUGGUUGAGUUGGGUUAGGUUAGGUUAGUGUAAACGAUGCGCAACAGACCCGACCACAUCUCAACACUUGUCAGCGUACACUUUUCUUUAUUGCGAUUACUGUUCAUAACAAUACUCACGCUGCAGCUUUCCAGCUCACAGGAGAAGAUUAGUGACUUAUAUGCAGUGGAAAACAAUAUGGUUGCAGGUUUAUAUGGUCAUAUGGUUAACUAUUGCAGAAGUUGUUAAUAAAAUCCACUGAGUGAGUGACUCUGUGCUAAUGUUAGCGUUUACAUACUUGAGCCGAUUUUGUCCUAAUUUCAGUGACUGCAUCUCAAAUAAAGUUUUGAAAGAUGCCGUUUAGCCUUAUUUUGUGCUGAAUGAAAAGAAACUGUAGGAAUGUUUCACACUCAGUUUGUAGCAGCUUCACACACUCUUACACUAUUCUACUGUUCAUGUCAGACAUACUGUUAUAGUUACAGUGACUAUUACACUUACAGUUAUCCAACCCUGUCUUUCUUCCUUUUUGUUAAAGCAUAAAUUUUAUUUCUUAUAUCUCUAAAAUCUCCUCCUGUCUUUUGCAGAUGGAAAAUAAUGCCCUGGUUUUGGGAUUCUCUCCAGUACAGGUUUUCAAUUUGAUCAACAUUUGAGCAAUUUUAUAAGCUAUAAAUUUUCCACACAUCUGAAUGAUAACAAAUGUUAAAAGACCAAGUUUCUAAUCUCCUUUUUCAAAAAUAAAACCUAUCUGGCUGCGGAUGUUUGUUCUCUCUGUGGAGUCAUUUCAGUUUCAAACUCAUGAUUUAGUUUUUGGUUAAAAUGACCAAACAUGGGACCAAACUCUUCUUUCUUGUAGAACUGGGGAUGAGUUCCCUCUGUCAGCGUCUUCAUGCCAUUAAAGUGAGAAAGGUGUAGUCUGU